AUGACGGUGGACUGUGAUGAAGGGACGACAGUGAAGCUCGACUCACCUUACUUUACCAUAAAUGACGAAACCAAAAGUUCAUGGCAUUUAGACCUGCGACUAUUAGAGGAAAAAGGAUGGUUAUCAUUAUUUUUGUUCCGAAAUGAUGGAAAUGACAAAGUAAGAAUAAGGUUUUCACUAUUCAUUUUAUACAACAAAAAUGAAAGACAAUUUUUGGAAACUUCCUGUGGCAUUCGCGAUUUUACAAUUGGACGGGGAAUUUCUAAAUUCGUUGAAAUAAAAGAGUUGUUGAAAAACAAAGAUGAUCUUAUACCAAAUAACACCUUAACUGCAAGUGUUGAACUAACUGUUUAUGAAGAUUAUCAAUCAUCUAUUACUAAAAUUUCGUUGCAACCACCACGGCGCCAAAUCACUGACGAUCUUAAAGAACUAUAUGAUAGUAAAACAAACAGCGACGUUACUUUCGUUGUGGGUAAUGAAAAAUUUAAAGCUCACAAGCUCAUACUGUAA